GCCACCGCCCGGACGCCUGGGUCCCCUCCUGGGGCACCCCCACCUCCCAGUGCCCCCGCCAUGAGACCGGUGGCCGCCACCCUCCCCACCGCCCUGCUGCUGCUGCUGCCGCUCCCCCCAGGGACGUCGGCCGGCCCUUGGGCCGCCUGGAUGCCCCCGGAGGUGGCCGGGCUCUCGGGGUCCUGCGUGGCCGUCCCGUGUCGUUUCGGCUACCCGGAGGAGUUGCGACCGGCCGCCGUCCACGGCUUGUGGUAUUUCGGGAGCCCUUACCCCAAAAAUUACCCCCCCGUGGUGGCCCGUUCCCGGGCGGGGGCCGUCCACGAGAGUUUCACCGGCCGGGCCAAGCUGCUGGGGGACCCGGGGGUCCGCGACUGCUCCCUCCUGCUGGGCCCCCUCAGCCCGGAAUUGGCCGGCAAAUAUUAUUUCCGGGGCGAUUUGGGGGGUUACAACCAGUACAGCUUCUCCGAACACACCGUCCUGGAGGUCCUGGAGGAGCCAGUACUGGAAAUCCCCCCCGAACUGGUGGCGGGCGAAGAGGUGGAACUCCGCUGCCGGGUCCCCGAUAACUGUCCCCAGCUCCGUCCCCGAGUGGGUUGGGAAGGGAUCGAGGACCUUCCGGAUGUUUCCGAACGGGAAUUACGGGAGGACGCGGCCGGCGCCGCCACCAUCUUGGCCUCUUUACGCUUCCGCCCCCGGCGAGAAGAUGGCGGCCGGCGGCUGGGCUGCAAGGUGGCCUUCGCCAACAGCAGCCUGGCCUUCGAGGCCACCGUCGCCCUCGACGUUCAGUACGAGCCGCGGGUGCUGGAGGUGUCGGGUCCCGGCGAGGCGGUGGAGGGGACCCCGGUGGAAUUGGGGUGCGAAGCCGAAGGGCGUCCCCUGCCCUUGCUCUCCUGGUUCCGGGGGGAGACGGUGUUACGGGAAGAACCGGUUUCCACCGGUCUCAAACUGGUUUGGCCCCGGGUGGAACCGGAGCACGCCGGGACCUACAGCUGCGUGGCCGAGAACCGGCACGGCCGCCACAACCGCAGCCUCCAGCUCCACGUGGCCUACGCCCCACGUUCCCCCGUCCUCAACGGCUCCCUCUGGGUGGUGGCGGGCGACCCGGUGACGGUGACCUGCGGGGCCUCCAGCCACCCGGCCCCCAUCGUGACGGUGGCCCGGGGACGCCGGGUGGUGGCCGCUGCCGUCUACGAGCCCCAGGUGACCAUGGCCCUGGCGGCCGCCAGGCCCGAGGACGCCGGGGAGUAUCUGUGCCGGGCCGAGAACCAGCACGGGGAGAGCAGCCUGGCCUUCAACCUCACCGUCGAGU